AUAAAGUAUAAACGAACGAAUCCGGGAAGUACUACUCAACCGUCAUCUACAUUUAUCAUAUUUUCUUCUGAUUUUCAAUUAAAUUAAUUAAUUUAGUCCGUCAUUCCCAAUCUUUCAACCCUAAAAUCUCAAGCUCUCAACUCUAUAACCACAAAUCGACAAUAAAAAUGUUCAAAUCAAGAUUACAAGAGUUAUGCCAAUCAAAAAAGUGGAAAUUGCCGGAAUAUAUCCUUACAAGAGAAGGACUUGAUCAUUGUCCUCAAUUUCAAGCUACUGUUGUUGUUAAUGGAUGCACUUAUUCUACCCCUACUUCAUCUAAAUCUUCCAAAGAUGCCCACAAUUUGGCUGCUGAAAUUGCUUUUCACCAUCUUAAUGGCUCUUCUGGUUUUGCUGCUUCACAAGUUUUACCAACUUCUGUUGAUGGCAACCAACCCAAAUUUAAUCAAACUUUGCAAGUGUCUUCAUUAAGUGGAGCAAACUCCCCAAACGCCCAAAAUAGGGAUGACGAGAAACUAAAAGGUAUGGGGCAUUUAUAUAAACAUCAACUACAAAUUUAUGCUCAAAAGAGAAAACUAGAUCUCCCCGUGUACAUCUCUGGGCGUGAAGGCCCACAUAACCUUCGUUUUAAAUCUAAGGUGACACUCGAAGGGAAGACGUAUGAAAGUCCUGAAUGUUAUAGCACCAUCAAAGAUGCUGAAAAUGCUGCUUCAAAAGUUGCUCUAAUGUCGCUAACGUCUAAUAUAACAGAAGAGGAAGAUCUAGUGUCUUGCAAAAAUCUUCUACAAGAAUUUGUUCAAAAAGAACAUUCUUGUCUUCCAACAUAUGCUACAGUCCGUUCAGGACCUCCGCAUCAUCCAACUUUUGUUUCUACUGUUGAAAUAAAUAAAGAAGUCUUUACGGGACAAGAAGCAAAAACCCGAAAGCUGGCGGAGAUGUAUGCAGCUAAAGUUGCCUAUUCUGCUCUGAAAGACCGUAAACUAAAAAAGAUUCUUCAAUUUGACUCACCAGGAUACAUUAUCAAUGACACACCUUUUUGUUCAUCUCCAAAGUUACAUUUGGAUUCUGUUACUGAGCUGCCAGAGAAAAGCAUUUCUUCUCCAAAUCCCAUUUCUGAUAGAGUUUAUAUGGAACGAGCUAGAUUCAAUGAAGUGGCGGAACCUGAAGUAUGCUUCAACUUAGUCCAAAAUAUUCAACAACGGAAGGUGGACACAUCGCCCUUCCAACUGAACUCGUCGCAUUUACCCACUCCUGCUGCUCUCGUUCAGUGCUCUUUAGGGCCUAAAGCUCAUCACAUUAUCCAGCCGUCACCCAAUCCUGAAGCCUCUACAUCACGAACCAAAAUCAAAGUUAUGCCUUUUACGCCGAACAUGACUCUACCUGCGGAAGCCACUGUGAUGUUCCAAGAUGACAAAUGGGUUGCUCUGUCGGAAUCUAUGUAGGCUAGUCGGAACUAUAUUUAUGUAUUCUCAGAGUGUACAAAAGAAAAAGAUGUAUCAUGUUGUUGAUUAGUCUUUUGGGCACACCCCUAAUUUAGGCCGAAGGAUGAAUGGUCUGUUUGCGAUUCGAUGGGGCUCCCAUGGGAGAAUUGUCCGUGUUCGUAUUAACUUUUAACUUUUCGGUCGAAUAAAUGGAAUAUUGCAGAUACUGUUCCAAAUCAUGUUGUAAUCUAUCUUUUUUAGUAAGGAGUAGACUGAUAUGAAAACAUGAUGUUGAUCUUAGUCUGUAAAAGAGCUUACAUUAGUAUAAAUUUGAAUAUUGUCUUGUACUCUUUUCCCUAGAGUUUGCUACAUUGUAGUUCUCUAAGUGAGACACCAUAAAUACGAUAAUUUUAGUUACA